CCCCUCCCCCUCCUCUCUUUCAGCUGCUGCUGGUCUUCCCGCUGCUCUGAGUGCUAACUACCUGACAAACAUCUGCCCAGCAGAUUGAGCUGAUAAAUGCGUGUAAACAUAAAAAGCAAAAGACCUCCCAGCAUUGCGGACGCUUCAAAAACACGGCGAAACGUCGGAUAUGUGAUUUGUGUUUUGGGUAGAAGGACAGGAAAAUAGGACGCAGCUGAAUGAAACCGGACCAACAAAGUGAGAAGACGUGGAGGAGGUGCAGCUCCAGCGGCCGACAUCCUCCUCUCCUUUAACUCUGUUUCUCCUUCAGGACUUUGAGGAAAAUGCGGACGUGGUGGGCUUGUGAAGUUGUCCGAGUCGACUCCAGUAACUCCUGACUUCUCUCUAACGUCUCUAAUGGCGGUUUGGGAGCAGUAGUGUGGUUGUGUUUAGCAGCAGCUCCUCUACUCGAGUGUAAUAUCCUCCUCCCUCGCUGGAUCACGAGUUCGCCCUCUGCUUCUUCUUCUUCUAUCUGCGGAAACGUUUGGACGGAAUAUGUUGUCCAGACUGAGUGAGUGGUUCUGGAACGAGAGACUAUGGUUUCCGGUGGGUUUGGGCUGGGCUGACCUCCAGGAUCGGGAUGGUCGCACCUACGCCAAAGGAUCUGACCUGUGGGCCUCCCUGCCCAUUGCGCUUGCCUUCCUCAUCGUACGGCAGAUCUUCGAGAGGACAGUGGCUGUUUGGCUGGCCUCAGUGAUGGGCGUGAAAGAGAAAGUGCGAGUGCGGGCCGCACCCAACCCAACACUGGAGUCUUUCUUUUGCACCACAAGUAAACAUCCUGCACAGAAUGUGGUGGAGAGUUUAAGUAAACAAACAGGCUAUUCAGAGCGGCAGGUCCAGAGAUGGUUCCGGAGACGGCGGAACCAGGAUCGUCCCAACCAGCUCAAGAAGUUCAGAGAGGCCAGUUGGAGAUUUACGUUUUACCUUCUUGCUUUCCUUGCUGGCCUGGGCGCCCUCAUUGACAAACCCUGGCUCUACAAAAUGGAGGAGAUGUGGAAGGGCUUCCCAGGACUGACUCUGCUGCCCUCUCAGUACUGGUACUAUAUGAUUGAACUGGGUUUCUACAUUUCACUUCUUUUUAGUGUGGCAUCUGACGUGAAGCGAAAAGACUUUAAGGAGCAGAUUGUUCACCAUUUGGCCACUAUCCUCUUGAUCAGUUUCUCCUGGUGUGUGAACUACAUUCGAGCUGGAACUCUGAUCAUGCUGGUGCACGACACCUCCGACUCACUGCUAGAGUCAGCAAAAAUGUUUAACUACGCCGGCUGGAGAAAGACAUGUAACUACAUCUUCAUCGUUUUUGCUGCUGUCUUCUUCAUCACAAGACUUGUGAUCUUCCCGUUCUGGAUCAUGCAUUGUACGUGGGUGUAUCCAGUGACCAUCUAUCCACCAUUCUUUGGUUAUUAUUUUUUUAAUGGGCUUCUGCUGGUGCUCCAGUGUCUGCACAUCUUCUGGUUCGUGCUUAUUCUGCGCAUGGCCAUCAAGUUCCUCCCUGGCAAUCAUAUUGUGGAGGACGAGAGGAGUGACCGAGAAGAGACGGACGAUUCAGAGGAGGAGGAUGAGGCCAUGCAGGAGAAAGAGAGAAGGGCCAAAACAAAAAAUGGACCACUGCAGAAUGGCCACUCUCCGUCCAACAACAACCACCGCAAGACGGAGUAAUGGAGCAGAGAGGAGGAGGGAGGGUGAAGAGGUGGAAACGUGGUGAUGUCCUCCCUAGCUGCCUGUGGCGCACACUCAUACCACCUGGGCGAGAGCAGUAGACUGAGGCAGGGUGGGGGGACACUCAAGUUAAAGAACUGGCCUACAAACACACACACACACACACUCACACACACACACGCACACAUUUUACCAAGUGUUAAAAGCUGAUUUAUCUUACACUCAAACACUAAUCCUAAUAGUCCCAGCAAACAAACUUGAAUAACCAUAAAUCCAGAAGUCUUUUUGGUCUAUGCACUAAAAUGCACUAAAUUCUAAAGAAGAAACAAGGGGAUCUUGAAGCAGUGAAUAAAACCUGGACUUGUUCUUGUUAGAAAUUCUCCACUGUCCAGUGUAUGACCUGCUUAGUGCCUUGUUAAAGGGGAAUUCUGACAGUUUUUUGAAAUUACAACGUAAUUCAAUGGUUGAGAUGUAAAGUCAUUCAGAGUGGUUUGAUGUGAAACAGUUCAUUGUAGAGUAACUUGCUAACUCAGAUUUCUUUAGAGUGGUGCUGAUAAGAACCAGGGGUCAUGAUAUAGUCAAAUACAGUCAUUUUAUUUACUGUCCAAAAUGAACAGUGAGGCUUCUGAGUUUUGAUAGGUAAUAUUGAUGUGUGAUAUGUCAUAUUGAACAUAGAAAAAAUUAACUUCUUUGGGCGUUUGCUUAGAAUACCAUGCAUGAACCUCUGGAUUUAAAUAAAAAUAUAUAUUUUAGGCCAAACUCUUGUUGCAGAAGUAUCAAAAAACAAAAAAAAAACAGUUAUGACUUCUGUCUUAUGAAUCUUUCUUUAGAACAGAGCAUUUCACAUAAAACCACUCAAUGACUUCGGGUACAUCUGACCGAUUUAAAAAUUGGUGGAAUUCCACUUUAAAAGAAUACUUCAGUGUUUUUAGCAGGAUCUCCAUCUACCAUGUCUGCAGCAUACAUUUAAUUCCCACAGACAAUAAUGUAGUUUCCCUUUAUAGAGUAAAAGGAAAACACUUGAAGCAGCUGCCCAUUGGCUUCUAUUAUAACUUUGUUUUUGUUUUCUGUGGUUAAAGGCUACAGACGCGGCAGAUAAAUAUUAGCUUACAAAAUGCUGAAGUAUUUCUUCGAUAUUGAACCCUCACUCGCCCCACACACACACACUUUUUAGUUCUAGCCUGAUUCCCCUUCCUUCUCAUCACAUCAGGUCACUGUGCGACCCUAGUCACUCUUCCUUACUUGUUCAUACAGAUCCCAUGUAGGGGUGAAUAUCCCUGCUAACAUUAAAAGACUGCAGGUCUUAACAGGUAACUUUGUGGAAUUACCUGAAGUGUUGCAAGUGCACCACCCACAAACUAUUGGCUAAAUUUCCAUUUUAUUCCGCGUACAGCAUCCCCUUUUCACCAAGUGGCCUUUAGCUGAAUCUCCCUAAACAUUCCUAGUGUACGUAUGUAUGCAUGCACACUCGCCUAGCCGAGAGCCCUCCUCACUCGACCUGUCCUUAUUUCACUUGCACUAUUAUAUGUACUAUAUUGCCUAAUCUUGCUAUACACUACCGCUGCCCUAAAGAUUAUCUUGUAGAAGCUGGUUCUCGAGGACCACAGCAAUGCACGGUUGAGAGUUUUCCCAGUUAGAACACAUCUGACUCAUCUUAGUCAUUGACCUGUUCAUGCUCUGCUUGCAAGUGCAGCCCUUUGUAGCAAGCCCUUGCUAGGUUGGACAAGUUUGUGUCAAAAUAUGUUAUUCAAUCUUUGUUUAGCGUCUACAUAAUAAUAUUGAGGUCCUGGGUUUGUGCUGAACUUUGCUCUUAUAGCUAAUAGGCAGGUUGGAAAUGAUGAUGAAUUUGCCACCAAUUUGCUUGUUUGCGUCAAACAAAAACCUAUAUUUUUUUUGGUAUUUAAAUGAGGUUUUUACUAACAUUCUAUAAAACUUGUUCGACAUCGUAACAGUAGCUACAAAUAAAUAUGUGUGGGCGGAGCAUGAACAGGUCAACCACAUGAUGACUUGAGUGUGGUAAAUCAGGGAAAACACUAAACUUGUGCAUGACUAGGACCCUCCAGGACUGCUGGGAUUGGUUCAGCGGAACCAUUUGUGCUGCCAUGACGUCCCACUGUGGGAGCGACCAGUAGCUAAACCGCCAAAUGUUUAAAUGUCCUGCCUUUUUGUGUGUCAACUGUCUUUUUUUUCUGCUGCAUUAUAAUGGGAACUAAAAUGUAAUCCAGCCAUAGAUGCUGUUCUUGCUUAAAUCAGCACGUCGGAGUUGUACGACUCGUCAAGAUUUGCUCUAAAAAAAAAAAAAACAACAACUGCUACAUAUCAAGGAGAGAAAUUAUUUUAAAAAUAAGUAAUUUACCGUUUGUUUGUGCUUAUUUCUUUUGAUCCAUUUGUUUUGCUUCUCUAAAACAAAGGAGAACAUUGAGAUUAUUCACUUUAAUUUUUUAUUGUAUUUUUGUUUUAUCUUUGUUUUUUUAUUGCCUUUCCUUUCAAUUUUUUUAUUUGAGGCCUAAAAUUAUUCAGUUGACUUAUGCCAUAAGCCAAUAAUACAACAAAUAUAGUUUCUUUUUCAGUUGGAAUUGCUUGUACACAUUUCUUGUGGACUGAUAUUACCCAUUCUACACUUCAGUAACAUGGGCCUGCUGGGAAGAAGGAUAAAAAUCACCACCAGGUGGAGGUAGGCCUGUUCUAAAGUCAUGUCUAUAACAAGUUGAACAGAAGUCCUCCCCACCACACCUUCAUCUCUGAACAGAAAAGUCUGAUCUACUAAAAAGAAGCUGGCUUUUCAGAGUAACAGACAAACCAGUGUGUUAUCUUCCAUAUGUUAAGUGUAUGUCAGUAUUUGUUGACCAUCAGAUGCACUUUAUAAAAUAUUCAGAGUCAGACUGCUUGAACAGACAGUUCAUCACAUAACUCAUCUAUAAGACAGCAGUGCUCCAACAUGACUGAAAUAGCUUAUGCUUUAUAGGUUUUACGGGUAAUAGCAUCCAUGUAGAAAGAGGCCAUAUUCUUAAGUGUUUCCUGUUCAUUAUUCAACUAACUCAACAUUUAUACUGUAUCACGACCCGAAUGCUUAUGUCCAAAGUGUUAGAACUGAAGAGGAGAACACUACCUGAGACCAGGAAUAUAAUUAUUGUUGAGGUCAUACGGUUUACAUGUUCAGGUCCUUGUUGUUUAUUUUGUUGUAUUGCAGCUAAUGAAAGAUCCAGUCAUUAUGUUUAUCUAUAGUGUCCAUUCAGUUUCUUGUUUUGUUGUGUUAUAUAUAUGUCACCCAUGUAAGCGCCUUGUCUUAUGUUUGUUCUAUCUUCUUGUCUGCUUAUUCACAUUCUUCUCUUGCUCUACAAGCACUGCUCCUCAACCCUGAUACAAGCUAGAGGUGGGUAAUAUGGCGAAUAUCUAAAAUCAUGGUAUUUAAAGACAGUUACAAGUAAAUGUACCCUUACUAAGGUUUAAUAUACUCCAUUAAUGCAGCAUUUUAAAAAGCGAUCAAAGACUGUUAGUACAUGGUAGUAUGAGUUAUGCUUUCUAGGACUCGCAGCAUCACCAGGAACUCACAAUCUUCCACAAAUAGGCCCAGGAGCUUCCAGUCAGUCAGUCUAGAGGAACUGAUGUUGCUCACUAUAUGCUCAGAAAAGCUUAUCAUGAUGUCAUUUAUCCUAGUAAUGUUAUUGUACUCUCAUGUCGCCCACCCUUAGUUCAGACCAUCCUGAAUCUUGCGACCCGUUCCGCUUUGCAGAGCCAGUCUGCCUUCCCUCCAAAGGAAAACCAUUACUGCGAAUGGGAUUAGCAUCAAUGUCAGUGUAGAGCUUCAGCUGCCUUGUAGCUCAUAAGCUUACACUGAUUGCUCUGAUUUUGCUGGGCUGAGUCCAGGAAGCGAAACCUAGCAACUUUUGGGGUGGUUUUUACAUCAGCUAUCACAAGCCUCUUCAUGAGGAGCUCCUCAUUUUUUUUCUUUCCCCCAACCUUUUUCUGUUUGUCUCUCCUCUUUAUCCUAUAACCAUCACUCUUUCCAGGCUAGAUGCCAAGACCAAUUCAGCCAAAUAGCUCUCACCAUGUAUUGCCUUCAGUGGUCCCAAACACACACAGAAACAUGAGUGUCCCAACUGCCAGUGUUUUUAUGUUGUAUUUUGUAUUGCCUUUAUGCAAUGUAAGAUAAAAGACUCUUGUGGAUAACCAA